UAACCGACAACCCUGGCCCACACUCUCCCUCCACCCGCCGCUCCUUCGUUUUUCUCAUUCUUCUUCUUCUUCUUCUCUUCUUCUUCUUCUUAUUCGUCUUCUGCGUCUUCGUCUUCGUCUUCGUCUUCGUCUUCCUACUUCGGCUUGCUCCACCAUGUCGACGACGGAGACAGCGCACAGCUCCACAGAAUCUGAUGCCUCCGGCCUCGACUACGAAGAGACGCAGCUCACGCUCGCCCCGCCCGGUGCCUCCAGAUCCGACCCUGAAAGGAAGCGAGGCCUAUCGGACGACGAUCUCCCUUCCGAUUCCUCCCAAGGAGCCUCCAUCAAACCUCCACAAUCCAAGGCUCAAGUGGUGGGAUGGCCGCCGGUGAGGUCGUUCCGGCGAAACGCGCUCAAGAGCUUCACCUACGUGAAGGUGGCCGUCGACGGUGCGCCGUACCUUCGUAAGGUUGACCUGGAGGCAUAUGCUGGAUACCAGCAGUUGCUUACUGCCCUCGAGGAAAUGUUCUCUUGCUUCACUGCCCGCAAUUAUCCCAAUGAGAGGAGGCUGGUUGAUCCUGUGAGUGGCGCAGAGUAUGUGCCGACUUAUGAGGACAAAGAUGGUGAUUGGAUGCUCGUCGGUGAUGUUCCCUGGAAAAUGUUCGUUGCUUCAUGCAAGCGUCUUAGGUUAAUGAAAAUCUCUGAAGCUAUCAAUUUAGCUCCAAGAGCACCACAAGGAUGCACCAAAGAACAGUGAAUUUGAUUCACCAACAAUGGACAUCAACAAAUGGCGGUAUCAUGUACAGAAAUUGUCACUCCUGGCAUCUGUGAGAAUGUAGGAAUAAAAAUAUUGUACUUAGGUAAACAUGUUUUGGUUUAAACUAUAGUAAACAUAUUGUGUGACAAUAAGUAGACUGGUGUAAUCCAGCCAAUGGUCCUCUCUUGAUUAUCUUGUGUCUCCAUGGUAGUACUUGGUUCAUACUUUUAACAACUUUGCUUGCGACGCCAUUUUGCUUCGUUAGAGCUUGGAAAUGUUAUGAACCCAAUUUGCAUUGUUA